AUGUCAGACGCUAGAGACUUUUUGAGGGUAACAAAGAAUGCGGGGGCGAGACAUGUUGUUAGUGGAGCUUUAGGGUUCGUGGUUGGAGUGUCUUUGGCUUCGUUUGUAGCUGUGAGAAUAGUCGAUCGCACGAGGAAGGAGCUGGAAUGGACAGAUAGCAUGACAGAACUGACCCGGUCGGUUAGAAAUCUCGAGACACACGUCAAAAAUUUGGAACACGAUUAUGCGGGGCGAAAAUGA